AUGACAGUAGAUGAGAAGCUGUGGGAGUGUUACAACAAAUACCGUGACGCGGGACACUACGUCACAUACGAGAGCCAGAGGUCUCCGGGACCACUUGACCAAGAAAACUACCAACUGGUAAGAAAGCUAGGUCGAGGAAAAUACAGUGAAGUAUUCGAGGGGGUCGAUAUUCGCACUCCUAACAAAAAAGUGGUCGUCAAGAUUCUAAAGCCAGUUAAAAGGAAGAAGAUAAAGCGAGAGAUAAAGAUUCUGGAGAAUUUACGGAAUGGUCCUAACAUCAUAACGCUACUUGAUGUGGUUAAAGACCCUGUAGCCCGUACCCCUGCCCUUAUAUUCGAAUAUGUUAACAACCGAGACUUCAAGGUUUAUAUUUAUAUUAUGUCAAUUGUAUCAGACUCUAACGGACUAUGA